GUGCCAAUUGGAAAAGGAAUACCAACAAGUACUGGAGUUCGUAAUAAAAAAAUGGCUGUACUAGUAGAAAUAAAGCUUUUUACAUCUGAUUAUGACUAUACAAAGCUUUCAUUAACUCCUUCAAUAUCACUAUUUACUAAUAUUCCAGAAAAUCCUAUUCAAUCAUUUUAUUCUGAACAAGUUUAUAUUGUACUAAAGGAUACAACCUUUAAGGCCAGCUCAGCUCUUAGACAUGCUACAGAAUUUUAUAAUUCAAUUGAACAACAUUAUUCUAAUACUAGUUCUUUACCAGAAAUUAUAAUAAUUUAUACAGAUAGAGGUUCUAAUCAUCAUUGUAAUUUUGGAUCUGUUCAAAUUUCACUUAUAUCACUUUUUUUAAAUGAUAAUUUUGAUUUAGUUAUUGCUACACAUAUUGCACCUUAUCACAUUCGUAUGCCACAUGAUGAUUUUCAAAGUUUAUCAUUUAUUCCUGAUCCUGAACUAUUAGAAAAUGAAUUUUAUAAUGUUUAUGGCCAGCCAACCUCAGAAAAAUUUCACCCAUCAGCAAUGAAUAAUUCUGUUAGUAAAGACCCGAAUGAAAAAAAUUGGAUCAAUUUAAUAACACAAAAAUUAGAUAAUGAGGAAAUCCAACUUCAAGCUACCCUUGAUGGUUUAUGUUAUACAUGUGGAUCACAAUUGCUACCAGAAGAUCAUGAACUUUUAAAGCAUUUAAGUGUUAAAUUAAAUAUUACUUGUAAUUCCCCUAUUGAGGCAACAUAUUUUUCAUGGCGUCUUAAAAAGUUAGAUAUUUGUUAUUGGUGCAGAGAGUCAGAGGAUCUUAUAGAACCUUCAGAUAAAUUAAAGGCUGAAUGGAAAACUAUAUAUCCUCUAUGCGCAUUUUGUAAAGAAAAUGGAAAAACAUGGUAUAAAAGAGCCCAAAAAAAAUUUAUUCAAUAA